AUGAAACGGUUCUUACUGACAAAUCCCGAAAACAAGAAACAAGUGGAAGCUCAAGAGAAGCGCCACAAAGCCGAACAGAACGUUAAGGACGUUUCAAGCUUGGUUCGUCGUGAAAUGUUUCCAGAACUUCACCCUGAAACUGCCCUGGGUUCGGCGGCAAGCUCGAGCUCUGCCCCGAAGGAGAUUGUGAUUGAGGCUCGUCAGCGGCAACUUCACGGUACAUUGAUGAAAGAGCUCUUGAAAUCCUUUACAACAACAGGGAAGCAGACCAUUGCUCCGUAUCGUAAAAGGACGUGGGAGCAGAAAUCGAAAGCCAUAUUUUUCUACUUUACAAGUCUUUAG